CUCCUCUAUUCCUCUGACUCCCGAACUGAGGCAAAGCAUCUCCUGGCACAGAGAGCUUAAUCACCUGUCAACUGUAUCUUCAAUGGGUGGAUCACACAAUUAAAUAUUAUCACGACAAGCAUUGCCUCUGAAGCCUACCCACCUCCAGAGUCUGGUGACAAAGUCUGCCGCCCACCCGCAGGUGCUGGGGCGUGUGGAGAGACCACUCCUCAGAGCCAACAUGGGGGGAAGAGGAGAGGCGAUGAUGGCGAAGAGCCGGGAGAAACACUCCAAAGUCUUGGACCUCAUCAACCACUUCGAGGGGAACAGGGACACAUCAAAAAUACAAGACACCAUUGCAAAAAGUAGCCUUAUCGAUAAAGGAACUCCUGCAAGGUAUCAGCUGGAAACAAAGAAACAGAAUCUAGAUGAUGAAGGCCUGCUCAGAAGAUGGACCUUUGGAGAGAGAGAUCACAGUAAGCUCAACAAAACCAUUCUGAUAGUGGGAGAGACAGGAACAGGGAAGUCAACUCUGGUCAAUGCCAUGGUCAAUUACGUCCUGGGUGUAGAGUGGGAGGACAAAGUCUGGUUUGAGAUUGUUGAAGAGGAAAAAAGACUUCAGACUGAAGCUCAAACUACAGCAGUCACUGUUUAUGAGGUGUUUGGGUUUGAAGGCCAGAGAGUCCCCUUCUCUCUCACCAUCAUUGACACUCCUGGGUAUGGAAACACUAGAGGGAUUAAAGAAGACCAACUGAUCGCUAAAAAGUUGUUUGAGUUGUUUAGAUCUGUAGAUGGAAUUGAUCAACUUGAUGCUGUGGGUUUAGUGAUGAAGGCAGCUAUGAAUAGACUCAAUGACAGACAGAAGUACAUCUUCAAUGCAGUUUUGUCUUUAUUCGGCAAAGACAUGGAGAAAAACAUUGUAGCCCUUAUCACACACUCAGAUGGGAGGCCCCCAAAGAAUGCCCUUGAUGCUAUUAUAAGAGCAAACGUUCCCUGUGCUAAAAAUGACAGGAAUCGACCUGUUCAUUUUGCGUUCAACAACUGUCAAUGUGAUGUAUUUGAUAAGGAAUAUGAGGAUUAUGAGGAAUUUGUGUCUAAUCAGAAGACAGUCUGGGACAAGGGAGCAAAGUCCAUGGACAAGUUUUUCGAAUAUAAAAUGGAACCAAAAAGCGUGAAGAUGACUGAAGGAGUUCUGAGAGAGCGAGAACAACUGGAGGCGUGUGUCAGCAACCUACGCGAGCGGAUCCACAUGGAUGAUCUGAAGCAGGAUGAAAUCAAGCAGACUCAAAAAGAACUUUGUAAACACAAGAAAGACGUGGAGGAAAACAAGGACUUUACAUAUACUGUUGAAGAGCCGUACAAAGAGAAGUUACCUACAGAAGGGGGGAAGGCAACCACCUGCACAGUGUGUGAAGAGAACUGUCACUAUCCAGGCUGCAGGUGUAUCAAAGUUCUCUCAUGGUGCAGUGCAAUGAAGAACUACCACUGCACUGUGUGUACUGGCAAAUGUCAUUACACCAAGCAUGUCAAAGGAAAUGAAAAAUAUGUUCUCAAGACACGGGUGGUUCUCAGGACGCAUGGGAAAUUGAAAAAGAAGUAUGAUAUUAAUGAGAAGGCGGCUGGGGAGAAAGAGACACUGAUCAGCAAACUUCAGACAGAGUUGGAGCAGUUCACACUCCAGAAGUUCAGACUGGUGGAGGAAUCCUACCUGUGCCUCGUCAUACUGGAAGAGAUCGCUUUGAAGUCCCUCCCACUGUCCACUGCUCAGCAUCUUGGCUUCCUGAUUGACAAGAUGACAGAGACAGGAAACACAGAGAAGGUUCAGAAACUGAAGGAGAUGAAGAAAAGAGCUGAGGAGGAACUCAAUGGAGCUUGACAUUACUUUUAAGCUGGUGUGGGUAAAGGUUGGAAAUAUUUCUGGGGAAAGUAGUACUGAAACAUAUUCUGCAGCAAAAACAAUGAUGUGGGAAAACACUAUGAACACAUUGGAUAGAGAUGAAAAGAAAAGCGUUGUUCUUCUUCGUGCUUUUUCUCUCCAAGAAAUACUGUACACUUUAUGUUAUCCAGAUUAUAUGCCAUAUAAGACUUUAUAUAAGGAGGACUACAUUUUAGUCCAGGUGAAAUUAGAUUUUUGUUUGUCACUGGAAUUGCAUUUUAUCUGAACGUAUCAUUGAUCAUCUUAAUUGAAAGUUAAGGGAAUUUAACAAUCAAAAAUCUUUUAUGAUACGUUUGUUUUGAAGUGUUUCGCACAUACUGAUGAAAGUGGACACUGAACUAUUUGUGUAUGUUGUC